AUGUCUACCCUCACUACGACAACCAUGAGAUCCUCCUACCCUCCACUUCUUCCACCUCCGUUCACUGCCAACCAACCUCCAACAAUACGACUCUACCCUCUCUCGAAUUACACUUUUGGCACCAAAGAGACGCAGCCAGAAGAAGACCCGUCGGUCGUAGCAAGGCUGAGGAGAUUGGAGGAACAUUAUGAGAAAUACGGCAUGAGGCGGACUUGUGAGGGCAUUCUUGUUUGCCAUGAGCACAAUCAUCCUCAUGUUCUCAUGCUACAGAUUGCCAAUGCAUUUUUCAAAUUACCAGGAGACUACCUCCCGCAUGAUGCCGAUGAGAUUGAGGGAUUCAAAAUGCGGUUGAACGAGAGACUGGCACCCACCAAUCCAAAAGAAGGAGACAUGGAUUGGGAUGUCGGAGACUGUCUGGCUCAAUGGUUGUGGCGACCAAAUCAUGAGACUUUCCUGUACCCGUUUCUUCCAGCUCACGUCUCACGGCCAAAGGAACUUAAGAAGUUGUAUCUGAUCCAUCUUCCGCCCAAUAAAGUGCUCAGCGUCCCUAAGAACAUGAAGCUCUUGGCUGUUCCACUGUUCGAGCUAUACGACAAUACGGCACGCUAUGGGCCGCAGUUGAGCGCCAUUCCGCAUUAUCUAUCGAGAUACAGGUUUGAGUUUGUCGACGAAGAUGGGGAUGUUAGCAGUGUGAUGCCUGGCGGUGGGCCGUUACCUGGGCCCGGGGGAAUUGUGAAGGUAUUGCUGGAUGGUGAAGCUCAGAAAGCCAAGGAGAGGAAAGAGGAGGAUGGCGACGUGAAAAUCGAAAACGGGCAUGGAGGUUAG